CGGAGCGCCGUUGUUUUCGUCGAGAGACAUCAUGACUAGCAAACGGGGAAAGCAUAACAUUUGCUCAGUGUUUGGAUGUUCACCAGAACACAAACAUCUUUUCUCUGUUCCAUUAAUUGAGGAUUUGCGGAGUCAGUGGGUUAAUUUUAUUUUGCCUGUAAAUACGACGCGAAAAAUCCCUAAAGUUGUCCUCGUGUGUGAAAAACAUUUCACCGACGACAGUUUUAUCAACUUGGGACAAUACAAAGCUGGCCUUGCUCAUCGUCUGAGGUUAAAGCCUGAUGCAGUACCAACUCUUUGUGGCCAGCUACGAACUUCGGAGAGGCCAGCACAUCAACAGCUUCCAUUAACCUGCCUUUCUCAAGGGAUGUUGCCUGCCAAACAGACCACCUGGAAACACUAUACUGUUGGCACACAGCUGUCUUUGAAGACUCUGCAGCCCCACCUUAGAAGUGAAGGCAUCCAGGCAAGUGUCUCCUGCAGAGAUUUUGGUGUGGGGUCCUCAAAUGCAGACCCUUUGUGCCUGUCAUCAACACCUAUAAAGAGACCACUCAAAAGACCUGGUCUAGACCUUGAUGAAGAGCUUGAGGACAAUCCAUUGGAGGACAGCUCUUUAGUGGAAGCUUCACAGGGACAGGACACCAGUUAUGAUCCUGCCCACUCCAUCACAACAUCAUUAAACUCUACGCUAAAGUCAGAACCUUCACCCACUUCCACCCACAACAGCAAAAUAUACAUGGUGUACGAGAACUGCCUCAUGGACUUGUUUAAUACAUGUCCAGUCUGCACACGGGCAUGUGAUGUAAAGACCCAGAGGCUGGGGACAUUCCUGUCUGUGAAGCAGUGGUGCCCCCAUUGCACAUUUACAAGAAGCUGGAAUAGCCAGCCUGUCCUUGGGAGCACGCCAGCUGGAAAUCUGCAUCUUUCUGCCGCUGUGUACCUGAGUGGAGCAUCUUUUAUCACAAUUGAAAAGGUCUUCAACGCCAUGAAGCUGCAGUUGUUUCAGUACGAAACAUUUCGCCGCCAUGCAAGAUCUUUCAUUGAACCGGCAGUUAUUCACCAUUGGAAAGUCACACAGGAUGUGAAUCUGCAGCAGCUGAGUCAGGAGGAAAAAGUCAUCCUUGGUGGUGAUAUGAGAGCUGAUUCACCAGGCCACUCUGCAAAGUACUGUAGUUAUACAAUGAUGGAUCUCCGGAGUAACACCAUUGUGGACAUUCAGUUGGUUCAGAGCAACGAGGUUGGUGGUAGCUACCAUAUGGAGAAAGAGGGCCUGACAAGGAGUCUAGCAUUACUGGAGUCACGUGACGUCAAGCUUGAUUGUAUCAUCACUGAUCGUCAUCCACAAAUACAGAAGUUCCUCAGGGAGAGAAUCAUAACCCAUUACUAUAAUGUCUGGCACAUGGCAAAAGGAACUUCAAAGAAACUGGAAGCACUCAGUAAACAGAAAGACUGUGAGAAAGUCAAGAAGUGGAUGAAAAGCAUCAACAACCACAUAUACUGGACAGCAGCUAUCUCAACCUCCGGACCAGAGAGAAUCGCAAAGUGGAACGCGAUCCUGAACCAUGUUCGAGAUAUCCAUACACACCAGGAUCCUCUUUACCCCAUGUGCGAGUAUGUGAUCCGCAAGACGACUGACAAGAGUAAAUGGUUGCAGCAACUCCAGCUUUCUACAAGUUGGAGAAGUUGCUGACCAACAAAAGAACAAUGAAGGUUGUUGCAAAACUGAGCCCUCACUACCAAACUUCAUCAGUGGAGUCUUUCCAUGCCAUCAUCCUUCGCUUUGCCCCGAAGAAUGUUGUCUUUCCCUUUAUUGGAAUGCUGUGCAGACUGUACCUGUCUGCUAUGCAUUACAAUGAAAAUAGAGACCGACCAUAGGCCAAAUCACAAAAAGGUGAACCGCUCUUCAAAAUCUCUUUUCCAAAAGCUAGGAAGGGAGAGUGCAGAGCUAAACCACAUAAAACAGAGCCGACCUUUGGUUACGUUGCUGACCUGAUGAACCUAAUUUUUGAGGAAGUCUUUGUCAACCCUGCACCAUAUACUGCUGAGAUGUUGACCAUCCCUGUCCCAGAGAACCUAUCGGCGCAGUAUGAGAAGCCGGACAAGGAGGAGGUCAUU